AUGGAGGAUCACUCUGCUGAAGAUAUUAAUUUUGAAGGUGAAGAUUAUACUGCUAAUGAUCAAGAUUGUUCCACAUUCGUCCAUAAUGUAUCGAACAUCAACAAUGACUUUGCUAUUAAGAUUGGGAUGAAAUUUGGUUCUGAAGAUGAAUCAUACGUAGCAUACAAUUCCUAUGCUUUAGCAAAAGGUUUUGGCAUUCGAAAGGGAGCAAAAACUUACAACAGAAACAAAGAAUUAACAAGGUGUUUAUUUCUUUGUUCUUGUGAAGGGAAAUCUCCUUUGUAUUCUAAUUAUCUAGAAAGAAAACGUCAAAGGUUAGAAUAUAGAUGUGGUUGUAUGGCUCGCAUAAAAUUUAAGAUUUCAAAUGAGAAAUGGGAAGUUUUCGAAUUUUCUGAUGAGCAUAACCACCCGAUGAUCGAGGAAAAUUUGAGACAUUUUAUAUUGUCUGGCCGAAAUCUUACAACUGCUACUAAAGACAUUCUCAGUUCUAUGGUAGAUGCCGGUAUUCGCACCAAAAAAGUUGUUCGUUACUUUCAAAAUGAAGCAGGUAGUAUUGAAAAUGCUAGAUUUAUUGAACAAGAUGCUGAUAACUUCAUACAAGCACGUAAAAGAAGUAUGAUUAACAGUGGAGAUGCUCAAACUCUGUGGAUCGUUUAUGCAUAUGCAAUCAGAGGAUUCAAACGUUUUUUUUACACGUUUUUCAAGUUGAUGAAGAUGGAAGGAUGUGCAACUUUUUCUGGAGAGAUAGCAAUGGGAGGCAUAUCACCCAAAACUAUAUUUACCGAUCAAGCUCCUGCAAUAGCGGCUGCUAUUAAAGAAGUUUUUCCUGAUACUUGUCAUCGUUUAUGUGAAUGGCAUAUUGAUAGGAAUGCCCAAAAGAAUAUACCUCAACUUUAUUGGAAACCGGAAUUUAGAGAAAAAUAUUUUGAUAAACUCUUAUGGUGGUGCAAGUCGGAAUCAGAGUUUGAGUUGGUGUGGCAAAAAAUGAUUGAAGAAUGGGAUUGUGGGAGUAAUAGUUGGCUCCAAAGGUUAUAUGACUUGAGGGAAAAGUGGUGUCCUGCGUUUAGUCGAUCUAUUUUCUUAGCGGAUAUUAAAUCAACUCAGAGGAGUGAGAGCACUAAUAGAGUCUUCACAGAAAUGGCUUGCAAGACUAUGAGUUUAACUGAAUUUGUUAAUCAUUAUGAGCAACGGGCAGCUGAAAUGCGUGACAUUGAGGCGACAGAAGAUUAUAAAUGUCGAGGAACACCUAAACUUGCAAUAGAUGAUUGUAGGUUAUUAAAGCAUGCUUUAUAUGGAGAUCAAAACACUAGCUUCACACAACAGUUGACUCAGGCUUCAACUAACCAAAUUGGAGGUGGCAUUGAGAACCAAAGUUCAAACAUCACUGGAAAAAAUGUUGAUUUUAGUGGCCAAGCGAAUUGA